ACUGAAGCGGAUUUGCAUCAGACAAACAAAGUUCAUAUCAAAUGCAAUAUUGGGUGGAGCUCAAGUUCUGGCCUCCAUAAAGCACAGGUACAGGCAUUCAUACAGAUGAUCUGACAGGAAAAGAGACUUCCUUAUGAGCAAGACUGUUGUCAAGAUUAUUCAAAUACCUUCUGCUCUCGCUCGAGGACCUGGAUUACCACAGUUUCACAGUUCCUUGUAGGAACAGCGGUUUUAUGCAUAGAAGAUAUGAAGGACCUUUCUAACUGACUCAUCCAUGUCAUGUGGAUAUUAUCUGAGCUGUGAACCCCACCAUGGAAGAAACAUUCGGUGGCGUGUCCUCAGUCGUGGAGUCUAGUCUCUACCACAAUGUCCAUUCCAUCCUCCGAGAGCUGGAUUGUGAACCUCAGGCUGGAUCAGCCUGCAAUAAAGGCAUGUUGAGAUGGACUCUGCAUAACAGGGUGGACAAAAAUCCAUCUGUCAGCGUCCCUCUUCUGAGGGUUCUCAUAAAAGAGCUUGAAAAGGCGGAGAGAAUCAAUUCCAAAAUUCGCAUUAUUCCUUUACUUCACACACUUGUCUACACAGUCCUACAGUCUGUAUUUAUUCCAGAAGAUCUAUAUCGAAGGAUGUUUUUUUGCUUGAAAAGUUUAGUUAGGUUACCUUUACCCUACUGUGCAAUCGCUCUCUACUAUGCAAGGCAGAUGAAAAUGGAACAAAAUGCACCAGGAAUACUGUAUCAGAGGAGAGUCAGUGCCGAACACAAUCUACACAGUGAUCUUUAUCCACUCCAUGAGAAGUUUUUACUGCACACAAUGCUAGCUGGAUUUGGAAAAAAGUGCCAGGUUGACCAGCUCUCACAGUCUCUAGAGCAUUUAGGUGAAGAGCUGGAGCUGCACUUCCAGGAUCUCGUCACCAUCCUAGAGCAGAGAACAGAAGAUGGAGCUUCUGACGAUCACCAGUACAAAACAAGAUUGCAAGAGAUCUACCAAGACAUCCUUACUGCUCCAAAAGAUCCGUCGUGUCCAGCCUCGCAAGUAGAAACUCAGCUGCCCAGUCCUGAGGUCAGCUUCCAUGUCUGGACCAAAGAGGAUGAGAUAUGGAAUGAGCUGGUUAACUUUGCACUGAUGGUUCCUGCAGACCGAAACUCUGCUUGUCUGGAUGAGGAUGACCUGAAGCGUAACUCGGUCAUGUCCACCGUGUCCACGGACAGUGGCAUAGAGGGAGACAUGCCCAUCAGUGAGCUCUCCUCUAUAAUGCUGGAGUCUCAGGGCGGAGCAGAGCUCCCAGAGGAGCAGAGCAGCUCUCAUUCCUUCUACAGGAGGCAGUGUGUGCGAUGUCCCAAAGCUGGCAACAGAAUGACACUCAUGAUGGAGGCCAUUAGGGGAAAUGGAGGAUACAGCCUUGCUAAAGAGGAAAGGAACCUCACUGCUCGGAUCCUUGUAAUGGGUGACGACAGAACGCUAGGACGGCUCGCCAAAACUCUCCACACUAUACGGAAAAGGGAGGCACGACAUCUGCUGCUGACAAAGAGAGUGAAUAUGGAGAUGUAUUACAUUCCAGUGACUGACCAGACACUUUCUCCUGUUCAGGAGAGUGCUCCUGAAGACAUGCUGACAUUGGCAGGAUAUUUGGGUAGCGUGGAUCCGUGGUAUGACUGUAAUAUCAACGGUUUGGGAGCCAUGAUUCUAAAACUGGCCCAGAUGAAGUCAACUCAGAGUGAAUCUUCGGACCCCAACACCUUCCUGCUAGAUAUCAUCUCAUACUACACACGUGUCAGCCAGCAUCCGGUGCACCUUCCCAUCUACUCUGUCAAGAUCUGCUUUUCUGGCCUCAGCAGCACCACAGUGGAGGAGGUGUUUGUGGCUCAACUCGCCAUGGACUUUCCCGAGGUCAAACGCUGCAGGGCCACAUUUAAAGACACAAUUAAAGGUUCAGUGCGUUACAAAACAUACAACCCACAAGAAUUUCAUGGUGCAGUCGUGUCAAUUAAUUAUAGAAAGGCCUCAAUAAGUGACAGAGAAAAGGAUAUGGGAAUGUCUUUGCCGAUGAGUGGCAUGUUGAUCAGUGUCUUGCCUUCCUGCAGAGUCAGAAGUCUACAUAGUGUCAGCAUAAGUUUCCAAGAUAUGAAUCCCACAAGGCCCAGCAGACAUUCACUCAGAGCUGUUAGCGCCAGUAUCAGAGUUCUGGAGGAGCAGACAUUCACAGUAUGUUUGGAUAAAGACCCACGUAAAACAUUCAAGAAUGUCCAGAGCAUUGAAGUUUCUCCAUGCUUGGACCCGGGAUACUCUCAUCAGCCGAGUACAAAAUCCAAGUACAGUUUGGGAGAGGGAGGUGAACCGCUGGGCAAAUAUGUCAACAAGACCCUCACGCUACCAAUCAACACCUUCUGUGGCACUGAGCAAUGACAAUACGACUCGAAUUCAUGAUAUAAGAGCUCGAGUCACGAGACAAACUGAAACC